AUGUGCUCUGGUGACUAUAUCUAUCUAGGUUUAGCUACUGGUAUUAAAAAUAUGCUCCAAGUUGAUGAAGCAAGUAUCAAUAACAACAUAAAUUUAAUAGUAAAUUUAGAUGGUCUGCCGCUUUUUAAAUCUAGCAAAUCUCAGCUUUGGCCUUUACUUUGUCAAUUUGGUUGUAAACCUCCGUUUCCUUUUGCUUUUUUCUGUGGCAAACAAAAACCUAACUCUUCUAUGGAGUUUCUCAGGCAGUUUUUGGAGGAAUUCAAAAUGCUUUCAGAAAAUAGUCUUGUUUACAAAGAUAAUUUUUUUAAUGUCAGUUUAAAGUUUUGGACAUGUAAUGCUCCGGCACGUGCUUUUAUUAAAUGUAUAAAGCUACACAAUGCUUACCAUGGCUGUGAACGAUGUAUUGACAAGGGUGAAUGGCAAGGAAGAGUUGUUUUUAAUCAGGUUAAUUUUGUUCUUCAUUCAGACGAACAAUUUUCUAAAAUGUAUUAUAAAGAUCAUCAAGUAUCUAGAAGUCCUUUGAUUGAUUUUAAUUUAUCUUGUGUUUCUACCUUUGUUUUACACUAUAUGCAUUUAGUUUGUCUUGGGGUUGUUCGACGAAUCAUAAUAUUUUGGACAGAGGGACCAAAUUAA